UACGCAUUUAUUUUCAGUCACCGGUUCGGCGCUCACAAACAUGGCCGCGCUACUCGUAUUCGUGUCUCUGUUAACAGUAUUAAUUUCUUUACUGUACUAUAUUUCUCAAAGAAAGUUCGGCUACUGGGAGAAAAGAAAUGUGCCUUACGUGAAGCCUCUGCCGCUCUUGGGCAACUAUGCAAAGUACAUGCUUCAGAAACAGUAUCCUGGUCAAAUGCUGCAGGAGCUUUGCAAACGGUUUCCUGAUCGAUCGUACUUCGGAGCUUUCUUCGGAACCGAGCCUGUGCUGGUGGUGAAUAGCCCUGAAGUCGUGAAAGAUGUCUUCACAAAGGAUUUUUAUUAUUUUAACGGCAGGGAAAUUUCGGACUACGUUGAAAACGAAAUAACAACUCGGAAUCUUUUCUUUGCCAGUGGUGACCAAUGGAAAGUUGUACGUCAAAAUCUCACAGCAUUAUUCUCUUCUUCUAAGAUGAAGAAAAUGUUUUACUUGCUGGAGAAAUGCAACCACAGCUUGGAAGACAUGCUGACAUACGAGACAUCUAAGAAUAACGUUAUAGAAGCCAGGGACCUCGGCGCGAGGUACACCAUGGACUGCAUCUGCUCGUGUGCUUUUGGCGUUGAUUCAAUGGCUAUGGGCAAGGAACCAAACAAUGUGUUCAAAACUAUGGCUGAACAGAUUUUCGAAGCUUCAAAUACCCGAGGACUGAAACUGAUUCUAAGAGCAGCAUGGCCAAGCCUUUUUUACGGAAUGAAGAUGCAAGUUUUCCCGGCCACAAUCGAUAUAUUCUUUUCAAAAUUGUUAAAAGGAGUUUUCGAAAGUAGGAAUCACAAACCAUCACCAAGAAACGAUUUUGUAGAUUUAGUUUUGACAUUCAAAAACGAGGAAAACUUAAUAGGUGACAGUAUCAGUAACUCGAAAACUGGUAAAGAUACUAAAAUUAAACUAAAAGUGGAUGAUGACUUGCUAGUGGCUCAGUGUAUUUUGUUCUUUGCGGCUGGAUUCGAGACAUCAGCGACUACCAUAAGUUUCACUUUGUAUGAGCUUGCAAAGCAUCCUGCUGUACAAGAAAAAGUAAUCGCGGAAAUAGAUGAAUACGUUGCGCGCCAGAAAAAUAAGUUAGAAUAUGAAUGUGUGAACGACUUACCGUACCUUGACGCAGCUGUUUACGAAACACUUCGCAUGUACCCCAUAUUUGGAAUACUUACCCGUGAAGUUAUGGACGACUAUCAAUUUGCGGAUGGCGUGAAAGUAGAAAAGGGACUUCGAGUGCACAUUCCAGUGUACCACUUCCACUUUAACCCUGAUUAUUUCCGUGACCCGGAGGAGUACAAACCUGAACGAUUUUUACCUGAAAACAAGAAAGACCUAAAACCCUACACUUUCUUCCCGUACGGAGAAGGACCCAGGCUCUGUAUAGGAAGUCGUUUUGCUAAAAUGCAAGUUAUGGCGGGCCUUAUUACCAUCUUGAAAGAAUACAGAGUGGAGCUGGCUGAGGGCAUGCCGAAGUCUCUGAACCUGGAUGCUCGAACCUUUUUGAUUGCACCUCGUGAACAAGGAUUAAAUAUUAAGUUUAUAAGACGUGAAGGUUCUGAGCGAAGGAAAUGGGUUCGAACAUGAGACGACCCUGAACCUACAAAAAGUGCUUGAUAUGUGACCCGGACCCCUAUAGUAAUUAUAACUGAAAAUUUGUGUCAUACAUAAAGUUUUUAAUUAAUUUUAA